UCGAGCGCCCUCCUGGAGGCGGCGGAACCCUCAUAGCUGAUGUGAGACGCCGCUCUGUCCAGUCUCGGUACUCGGCGCAAGUCGCGCGCACACGGCAACCCCCCAAAGGCGACUGCGAUAUGCCCGGCGAUACUCGGACUCACGCGACGAUUUUCGAUCCAUAAGCCUCAACUCGGCUCGGAGCAGUCACGCGACAUUAAAGAUGCAUGAUCAUCGACCGGUCGAAUCCUUCGGAUCGUCGUCCAGCACGAAAAUGCCUAUCAGCAGCCACAGCAGCAGCAGCAGCAAGGCCAGCAGAAGCGGCUAACGAAGCUCUUCCCGGUGUCGAUGACGCUCAGGCUGCCGGAAGCAGCAGCACCAGCCGCUACCGCCAUCAAUCUCGCCCGGCGGCGGCUGUACGACUACUACCACCAGCGCUACUACCGCUCUAGUAUUCGGGACACAAGGUCGCCGCAAUGCCCGCGGGGAUCUCGGCCUUGGCACCGGCCGCCCCACACGACCAUGUCGACCUGGAGCUGAGCACCGCCAAGGCCUUCACCAUCCUCCAGAAGGACGGCCUGGAUUCGUCUCUGCCGCUGCUCCACGUCAACGGCGACGACGGAGCUGCCGACGAGGAAGAGGAUGACGAGGACGAGGAUGAGGACGACGACUCGGUCGCCUCCAGGUUGACCAUGAUCAACCGCAACUUCCGCAACAACGAGUCCUCGGUGUUUGCACGGCGUCAGCUCAGCAGGUCCAACGACCAGCUUGCCAGCAGUCUGCCCUGCAGCCGUCUGCUCACUCGAGGCUACAGCAAGAGCAACGGACACCUCAACGAGCGCGUCAAGCCGGCAGCUCAGAGAUGCAAUCUGAACUCGAUGCACUUGUCGACCGAGGACUUCAACGAGGCGCUCAGUCAAAAGCUCCGGCGCAUCCAGGAACAGGAGCUGGAGGACGAGCAGCGUCGCCAGGCCGUGCGCGCCAACUAUGUACAGCACCCGCGACCCUUUAUCACCACCGUUAAGACCGGCGAGUUCCUCAUGCCGCCUCCAGAGGUCGCGGUCCUCCUAGGUAUCGCACCAAACCUAGGGUCGAACAACUCGGACAUCGACGACAUCGACGGCUACUGCAGCAGGACCAAGUUCCGACAGCAGCUGGUCUCGCUGAAUAGGAAGCCAGAGGUCAGGCACCAGAUGCACAACUCGAGGUGUCCGAUGGCGCUGAAGGCGACCGAGGACUUUAGUGCGCUGAGCACCGCCAGGAAGAGCAGCAAGCGAGACUCGCACCUGACAUCCACCUCGUUGACGCCGCGAGCGUUACCGAAAAAGUUGGAUCCGAUCGAGGGCGCAAAGAAUAUGCUGCCGAAGCCCUGGGAUCAUCCGCCUCCAUUCGGAAAUCUCAUGUUCGACCGAAGGAUUGUCCGCGGCAGUAUGUUCGCCGCUACUCCAGUCCUCAUCGAUGGCGAGCUGUCUCAGGCGGCACGACAGGCGGAAUCGCGUCGACGCCAGGCGAUAAGAAAGCGAGCCCAGCAGCAGGCAACAAAGGCGACGCUGGUGCGAAUCGGCACACCUCCUCCAGUACCAGGACGGAAGCACGAGCCCGUGCAGACGGAACUUUUCCUCGAGGAGUUAUUCGAGAAGCCAGAUGAAUCGGAAGUAGCAGUUCAGACGGACUAUUUUCUGGACCGACCCGCUACUCCACCUUUUUGUCCUCCAAAGAAAGGUGAAGAUGCUAGUACACAGAUUGAACCCGGAGAUCUCUUCGAUUACGACACCGAGGUUCAGCCGAUUCUCGAGGUUUUAGUCGGUAAAACUAUCGAGCAAGCACUGAUCGAGGUACUCGAGGAAGAGGAGAUAGCGACGCUGCGCGAGCAGCAACGAAAGUUCCUCGAACUCCGGGCUGCGGAAAAGGCCGAGCAACAGAGGCUCGAGGAGCAGGACAGGCGUCUGCGCGAAGAAAAGGAUCGCAGGGUGAAGCAGCACGAAGAGGCGAUAAAAACGCAACAAGAAACGGAGGAACGCGUGGCUGCGGCGGUUCUUCUCACGGGCUACAUCGCCGAGCUCCUUCCGACCGUUCUCGAGAGUCUCAAGAUAUCUGGCUUCCUACUUGAUGAAAUAAAAGCAGACGUGGAGGAAGGAUUCAUGCCCUGGUUGAUGAAAGAAGUGAAGAAGGAGAUGGGCACUAUGUUCGAGAGCCGAGAAAUAUUGGAAGAUAUCGUAAAAGAAAUCAUCGAGAAUCGAGCAAACACCUACAGACAGCUUGGCGAGGAGUACGACGCCUCGAGGAGAUCGCAGAUCGAGAGCAUCGAGGAGGUGUGCAGAGAAGAGCACACUUACGAGGUGUCCAUGAGCACAGGUUCCAACAUCGACGCCGAGAGCAAUCGACAAGACUAAAAAUCCGGUAUACGAUAAAAAAAGCGGGAAAUUCAAAUUGUCAAAGCUCUAUCUCAGUAUUUCCUUACUAACGUUAACCAAAAAAAAUUCAAUGCAGAAUUCUUCGAAAUACUCAUUCCAUUAUAAUCAAAGCGUACAAGCUUCGUGAUUUUUGUAUAUAUAAACCUAUAAUAAAGUAUAGUGACGUAAUA